AUGAAAGCCGCCGUGUUAUUGAUCGUCGCUGUGGCGACACUAGCUUCAGCGCAAGAAGCAGUCAGCAGCCCCCAGCGCGUUGGACUAAGUAAUUUACUGGGCGAAUUGGGAGGUUUAUUAGACGGACUGUUUGGUCUUGAUGGUAAUCUUCAAGUUGGCGGAGGUAGCCUGCUUGACGCCAAUAUCAAAACAACGAUUGGCAGAAAGAAGCGUGCGACGGAAGAAGAAGCCAGCAGUAUUCAGCCUAGCGUAGGUGACAGUCUGAAAACAGUAGUGGCUGCGAUAGACGAUGCCUUAAGCGGACUGAUUGAUUUCGACGGUAGUCUUAUAGUUGGCGGAGGUAAAUUGCUUGACGCUAAUAUCAAGACAACGAUUGGUAGAAAGAAGCGUGGUCUCUUCGGCGGUCUCUUUGAAGCCACAGGCAACAUUUUAGACGGAACAUUAAAAGCCGCAGGCAACGUCGUAGAGGGAACAGUAAAAGCUACCGACAACCUUUUAACUGGAGCAAAGAAAGCUACCGACAACCUUUUAACUGGAGCAAAAGAAGCUAAAGACGACCUUGUAUCUGGAGCAAAACAAGUUGCAGAUGAUGUUGCAAACGGAUUAUCCAACGGUAUACAAGUCGGUGCCAGUGUGAAAGUUGGCGGAGACAGCUUAAUUUCAGCCAAUAUCAACACAAGCGUUGGCAAAAAUAAGCAAGAUGCGGCGCAAGACGAUGCUGCCGCUGAUCAAGCAGAAACAAGCGAUUCUCAGGACGCUGCUCAAGAUGAUGCUUCCGCUGAUCAAGCAGAAACAAGCGCUUCUCAGGACGCCGCUCAAGAUGAUGCUGCCGCUGAUCAAGCAGAAACAAGCGAUUCUCAGGACGCCGCUCAAGAUGAUGCUGCCGCUGAACAAGCAGAAACAAGCGCUUCUCAGGACGCCACUCAAGAUGAUGCUGCCGCUGAUCAAGCAGAAAGUAGUGAUUCUCAGGACGCCGCUCAAGAUGAUGCUGCCGCUGAUCAAGCAGAAACUAGUGAUUCUCAGGACGCCGCUCAAGAUGAUGCUGCCGCUGAUCAAGCAGAAACAAGCGAUUCUCAGGACGCCACUCAAGAUGAUGCAGCCGCUGAUCAAGCAGAAACAAGCGAUUCUCAGGACGCCGCGCAAGACGACGCUGCUGCUGAUCAAGCAGAAACUAGUGAUUCUCAGGACGCCGCUCAAGAUAAUGCUGCCGCUGAUCAAACAGAAACAAGCGAUUCUCAGGACGCCGCGCAAGACGACGCUGCCGCUGAUCAAGCAGAAACUAGUGAUUCUCAGGACGCCGCUCAAGACGAUGCUGCCGUUGAUCAAGCAGAAACAAGUGACGCUCAGGAUGCCGCGCAAGACAGUAGCUCUUCUGAUGACACAGCUAGUGCUGAUACUGUCGACGCAACUGCCUAA